CGGAGGCGGCAGGCGGGGCCGGCGAGCGGGAGCUGGGGGCGGGGGCGGUGGCCGCCCGGUGCCGCCCCGCCCGGCGCCGCCCCGCCCCACCCGGUGCCGCCCCCGUGCAGCGCGCGCAGACCCGCGGGGCGCGGCAGGGCUCUCCGGCAUCGUGGCGUGGCCCCGGGCCGCUCGACGCGCCGGAGCCCCCCCGGGAGCCCUUGGACAGGUUAUGCUGCCCCGGCGCCGUCCUCUGAGCCCCCGCGAGAAGGAGAAGGGCUAAGCGGGCCGCCCCCCCGCCCGGCACCCGCCGCCGCGCCAUGAGCCGCUCGCCGGUCUCCUCCGAGAUCCACCACAUCGUCUCCUCGGCCUUCGGCAGCCCCGAGCAGGAUGCCCCGGGCCCCGGCUCGCCCACGUUCGGGGAGGAGGAGGAGAAGGACCUGAACAAGGCCCUGGGCGUGGAGCGCUUCGAGGAGAUCCUGUGCGACGCGUACCCCCGCACCGUGGAGGAGGCCGGCCGCAGCUACAGCGAGGAGGACUUCGAGUAUCACCGCCAGUCGUCCCACCACAUCCACCACCCGCUCUCCGCCCACCUGCCCCCCGACGCCCGCCGGAAGAAGGGGGCGCAGAAGAAGGGCAAGAAGAAGCGCCACCGGGCCUCCGCCCCCGGCGAGACCCCCACCAUCGAGGAGGCCGAGGAGGAUGAGGACGAGGCGUGUGACACCGAGACGGAGCGGUCAGCGGAGGAGCUGCUGCAGGGCGGCCCCGCGGAGGCGGUGCAGUUCUUCCUGCAGGAGGAUGAGGGCCCCGAGCGGCGGGCGGAGGAGUCGGCAGCCCCCGCCACGGCGCCGGGCUCCCCCGCGGAGUCCUGCAGGUCCGCGUCCCCCAAGGAGGCCAAGGGAGCCAGCCCCGACGCUGAGGAGGGGCAUCCCGCGGAGAGGCCGGCCGCCGAUGAGGCCGGCUCCCCUGGGCGCCCGGUCCCCAAGUCGCAGCCCGGGCACCGCAGCUACAACCUGCACGAGAGGCGGCGGAUCGGCAGCAUGACGGGCGCGGAGGAGGCGCAGUACCAGAAGAUGCCCACGGACGAGUCGGAGGCCCAGACGCUGGCCUCGGCCGACUUGGACUACAUGAAGAGUCACCGCUUCGAGGACGUGCCUGGGGUGCGGCGGCACCUGGUCCGGAAGAGCGCCAAGGCCCAAGUGGUGCACGUCAGCAAGGACCACAAGGAGCCGAGCACGCGGCACAGGAAGCAGGACCGGCAGCCCCACGAGGUCUUCGUGGAGCUGAACGAGCUGGUGGUGGACAAGAACCAGGAGCUGCAGUGGAAGGAGACGGCUCGCUGGAUCAAGUUUGAGGAGGACGUGGAGGAGGAGACGGACCGCUGGGGCAAGCCGCACGUGGCCUCGCUGUCCUUCCGCAGCCUUCUGGAGCUGCGCAAGACCCUGUCCCACGGGGCCGUGCUCCUCGACCUGGACCAGAAAACGCUGCCGGGGGUGGCUCACCAGGUGGUGGAGCAGAUGGUCAUCACGGACCAGAUCCGGGCGGAGGACCGCGCCAACGUGCUGCGGGCGCUGCUGCUCAAGCAUAGCCACCCAAGCGACGAGAAGGACUUCUCCUUCCCGCGCAACAUCUCGGCCGGCAGCCUGGGCUCGCUGCUCGUGCACCACCACAGCACCAACCACGUGGCUGAGGGCAGCGAGCCGGCCGUCACCGAGCCCCUCAUCACCGGCCACGCCGUGGAGCACGACACGCGGAUCGACGUGGAGCGAGAGAGGGAGGUCCUGACCCCCACACCCCCCGCUGGCAUCACUCGCUCCAAGUCCAAGCACGAGCUGAAGCUUCUGGAGAAGAUCCCGGACAACGCAGAGGCCACAGUGGUGCUUGUGGGCUGCGUGGAGUUCCUGGACCAGCCCACCAUGGCCUUCGUGCGGCUGCAGGAGGCCGUGGAGCUGGACGCGGUGCUGGAGGUGCCCGUCCCCGUGCGGUUCCUCUUCGUGCUCCUGGGGCCCAGCAGCACCCACAUGGACUACCAUGAGAUCGGGCGCUCCAUCUCCACCCUCAUGUCCGACAAGCAAUUCCACGAGGCCGCGUACCUGGCCGACGACCGGCACGACCUCCUCAACGCCAUCAACGAGUUCCUGGACUGCAGCGUGGUGCUGCCGCCCUCCGAGGUGCAGGGCGAGGAGCUGCUGCGCAGCGUCGCCCACUUCCAGCGCGAGAUGCUCAAGAAGCGCGAGGAGCAGGAGCGGCGGCUGCUGCUGGAGCCCAAGUCCCCGGAGGAGAAAGCGCUGCUGAAGCUGAAGGUGGUGGAGGGCGAGGGCGAGGAGGAGGACGACCCGCUGCGGCGCACGGGCCGCCCCUUCGGGGGGCUGAUCCGGGACGUGCGGCGGCGGUACCCCCACUACCUGAGCGACUUCCGCGACGCACUCGACCCCCAGUGCAUCGCCGCCGUCAUCUUCAUCUACUUCGCCGCGCUGUCUCCCGCCAUCACCUUCGGAGGGCUGCUGGGGGAGAAGACGCAGGACCUGAUCGGGGUGUCGGAGCUGAUCAUCUCCACGUCGCUGCAGGGCGUCCUCUUCUGCCUGCUCGGGGCCCAGCCCCUGCUCGUCAUCGGCUUCUCGGGGCCCCUGCUCGUCUUCGAGGAGGCUUUCUUCACGUUCUGCACGUCCAACGAGCUCGAGUACCUGGUGGGGCGCGUCUGGAUCGGCUUCUGGCUCAUCCUCAUCGUGCUGGUCAUGGUGGCCUUCGAGGGCAGCUUCCUGGUGCGCUUCGUGUCCCGCUUCACCCAGGAGAUCUUUGCCUUCCUCAUCUCCCUCAUCUUCAUCUACGAGACCUUCUCCAAGCUGGCCAAGAUCUUCCAGGAGCACCCGCUGCACGGCUGCGUGAGGGCGAACGCCACGGACGGGGAGGCCGAGACGGCGGGGAACGCGAGCGCGGCCCUGGGGAACGGCACGUGGGGCCGCGCCGCGCCCAAGGUGACGGGGCAGCCCAACACGGCGCUGCUCUCGCUGGUGCUCAUGGCCGGCACCUUCUUCAUCGCCUUCUUCCUGCGCAAGUUCAAGAACAGCCGUUUCUUCCCCGGACGGAUCCGACGGCUCAUCGGGGACUUCGGGGUGCCCAUCGCCAUCCUGGUCAUGGUGCUGGUGGACUACAGCAUCCAGGACACCUACACGCAGAAGCUGAGCGUGCCCAGCGGGUUCUCGGUGACGGCCCCGGAGAAGCGGGGCUGGGUAAUCAACCCCCUGGGCGAGAAUAGCGUCUUCCCCGUGUGGAUGAUGGUGGCCAGUGGCCUCCCUGCCAUCCUCGUCUUCAUCCUCAUCUUCAUGGAGACCCAGAUAACCACGCUGAUCAUCAGCAAGAAGGAGCGGAUGCUGCAGAAGGGCUCCGGGUUCCACCUUGACCUUCUGCUCAUCGUGGCCAUGGGUGGCUUCUUUGCGCUCUUCGGGCUGCCCUGGCUGGCGGCAGCCACCGUGCGCUCCGUCACGCACGCCAACGCCCUCACCGUCAUGAGCAAGGCCGUGGCGCCUGGCGACAAGCCCAAGAUCCAGGAGGUGAAGGAGCAGCGGGUCACCGGGCUGCUGGUGGCCGUGCUCGUGGGCCUGUCCAUCGUCAUCGGGGACCUGCUGCGGCAGAUCCCCCUGGCCGUGCUCUUCGGGAUCUUCCUCUACAUGGGCGUCACCUCCCUCAACGGCAUCCAGUUCUACGAGCGCCUGCAGCUGCUGCUGAUGCCCCCCAAGCACCACCCUGACGUCACCUACGUCAAGAAGGUGCGCACGCUGCGCAUGCACCUCUUCACCAGCCUGCAGCUGGCCUGCCUGGCCGUGCUCUGGGCCGUCAUGUCCACGGUGGCCUCCCUGGCCUUCCCCUUCAUCCUCAUCCUCACCGUGCCGCUCCGCAUGUGCCUGCUCAGCCGCAUCUUCACCGACCGGGAGAUGAAGUGUCUCGACGCGGACGAGGCCGAGCCCAUCUUCGACGAGCGGGAAGGUGUGGACGAGUACAACGAAAUGCCGAUGCCGGUGUGAGCCGCGCGCCAGCCAGCGAGCCGCCCGCGGGCUGUGGGCAGGGCCCGGCCCGGCCGCGGGGCCACCACCGCCGCCCCGCUGGGGACGGGCGCCCCACGCGCCCCACGCCUUCCCCACGCCGCAGGGCCUGUCCCGGGGGCCACGCGCUGCCCCAGCUGGGGGAACCCGCCAAAGAGAAGCUGCCCGCAGCCGUGCCCCGCUGGCGACUCGCUGUCCCCCCCGGGCAGGGAGGGACCCCCCAUGCCCCCAGCCGCGGCACCGGGCCUCGGCUUCUGCCCCCUUGGACGCAUCCUGCCCCCACUGCGGGGCAGAGCCAGCCCGGACUGCUCUGCAGAGCUGCAGGGCCGUGCCCUCGCCCCAGCCCGGCCCGGGCUCCAACCAGACAAUCAGGUGUUUUAUUUAAGAGUAAUUUAAAUGGCAAUAAACAGCUUUAUAACGAGAACGCCGGGCUGCGGGGUGUUGAGACGGUUCACAACGCUGGCGGGGUUGGCAAGGAGGAGGAGGGCCAAGGCCGGGGCGGCGGCGGGCCCCCAGCACCCGCCUGCCCGGGGCAGGGCGGCGGGUGGCACCCGGGGCCCCGCGGGGCGAGGGUGCUCCACAGCCGGGGCACGGCCUCUGCCCCACGGCUGCAGCAGCCGGGGCCCCGCGCCAGCUGCCCGCGGAGGGGUUGGGCUGGCUGCGCCCCGGGCGCUGGGGCGGGGGUGUCGCGGGCUCGCGCGCGCCCGGGCUGCUGCCUUGUACCAAUAAACAGAAUGGACUUUG